GCAGGACAGCGGGAGCGACGAAUGGACAGCCCAUGGACCCUACGGACAGAGACGACGAGUAUCGCCGCGUGCAGGGGGGAUAGAUUUUUGUAUUUCGAUCGGACGGGCAUCAAGAGUCCUACGCACCGCUUUAACACCAGGAUCGGUCCAACUGAAGACAUGCGCUGGCGCUGGACCAGCAGAGCUACUUGAAACCAGAGAGGACAAUAAAAAAAAUGUGCUACUUCUCAUCGCGCUUGUUAAGCUCUUUACGAAGAAGUGA